GCGGCGGGAUGGAGCCCGAGGGGAGCUGCGGCAGCGGGGGCUCGGCCGGGCUCCUGCAGCAGAUCCUCAGCCUGAAGCUGGUUCCGCGUGUGGGCAACGGGACCCUGUGCCCCAACUCCACUUCUCUCUGCUCCUUCCCAGAGAUGUGGUAUGGUGUGUUCCUGUGGGCACUGGUGUCCUCUCUCUUCUUUCAUGUCCCUGCUGGAUUACUGGCCCUCUUCACCCUCAGACGUCACAAAUAUGGUAGGUUCAUGUCUGUAGGCAUCCUGUUGAUGGGCAUCGUGGGACCAAUUACUGCUGGAAUCUUGACAAGUGCAGCAAUUGCCGGAGUUUACCGAGCAGCAGGCAAGGAAAUGAUACCGUUUGAAGCCCUCACCUUGGGCACUGGACAGACAUUUUGUGUGGUGCUAGUUUCCUUUUUACGGAUUUUAGCUACUCUAUAGCAUACAGCCUUAUACUGUGACGAUGAGAAGAUUUAAUAAGUGAACCUAAGAUAGCGAAUCCUCAAAAAGAAUGCAUCCUGGAAUGUAGUGUUUUCCUAGUUCUUCAAACGGAAGCAACGUGGAUGAAGAGGUGUGUGAAGGACGACAUCUCAGCUCUUUCUUCAGUUUAAGGUUCCAGAAAUUGAAGAUCUUUUUGGACUCCUGUUGUCCUCAAUCCAAACAAAACGAUUUUCUUGGCUUUCC